UGUACUGGACCUUGCUGUGCUGUUUCCUCAGUACCUGUGAGAUGUACUGGACCUUGCUGUGCUGUUUCCUCAGUACCUGUGAGAUGUACUGGACCUUGCCUAGUUUUAACAGCGUGAAAGCACUGCGAUGAUCCCACAGACACACACAAGCCUCAGAUAAAGAGCAUGAUCACCCACGCUGUCAAAGAGCGAAUAUUCACCCAGUAUCCAUCCUCCAGUGUUGUGUGAUUUAUUAUUACUACUUCAUAUUCUGAAGUGGUGCAAAACAUCUGAUGAAACUGCAUACAUUAAUACACAGUCUCCUUCACAUCCUUGUGUGGGCUUCCUCAGAAAGGAGUGCACUGGUCUGUGCAUUAGUCAGCGCUGAAGAGAACUGAUAAGAAUUCCUAUUUCAAGCAGCUGGAUCUCCAAGCCCCUGCGGCUCUCCUUUUGGCUGAUGUUACUGUAGAAUAGAGACAUGUUUUAAAGGCAGAUGGUCUGUAAGCUGGAAGGAAGUCAGUCAGUGUGCGUGACGUUGUUUGUAAAUGUAGCAUUUUGUGGCCUGGGUUGAUUUUUCAAUCUUUCCGAAUACUCAAGAAUGCCGCCUCCACACACAGACAGCUCCUUAAAGGCAGCAACAGCAUCAUUUCUACCCAGCAAGAGAACAAAAGAAAUGAAUAGGUCACAGGCAUCCCUUCAGGGAAUAAUCAGAAAAAACACUGAGGAGAGACUGGUCCGCACAUUGAAGUACAUCAACUAAACAAAUACUCAGGCUUUCCAAAGCAGCAUCAAAGGCAGCUUAGCAUCAGAAGAUACAGCUGCAAAGCCGCAUGUCCUUUUACCACCAAACUGAGGAUUGGAAUGAAGACCUUUGAAAGCAGACAAUGAAAAUGCUUGCAGACACACAGUUGCUUUAGAAGACGGAAGAGGAUUUUUUUUUCUUCUUUCUACAAUGAACAACUAAAGAUACAGCGAUAAAGACAGCAAUAUGGGAAUCACUGUGCAAAACAUCACAGCCACCUCUGCCACAGUCACGUGGCCCCCCUCUCCGAGCUGCAAGGACAGCUUCUACAGCAUCAUGUACCACCCGAACUGGAACAAUCUGCUCACAGGCUACUCCAGGAACAACUUCCUUAAGGAGGACAAAGUUCCAACCGAACAGACCUCUGCUAGCUUGUGGAACCUGAGUCCACAGACCAGCUACAUCCUAUGUGUCACAUGCCAGUCAGCCAACCCCUCUGGCAACCAGUGCCAUGUCUUCAGCACCCUGGACCAGGACCCCUCCUCCUCGCUGGGUAGUGGCAGGAAGGAACUGGCCAUGGGCAUCUGGCUGACCAGCAGCCUCCUUCUGCUCAUUAUCGCUGGCAUCCUCUUGUACGGCUGCCUUCACAUCUGGUGCGGCAAACAGCAGGAUAACCCAGAGGGGACCUUCGCCGGCCCAGAUCUGCCAGACAAGAGAGAGGCUGCCACAGACAGUCUCUACACACAUGACAACACUGGAGAAGAUGCCCAAAUGGCUACCAUAAUAGAGAACCCCUUUACUUCAUCAGAGUCAUCUCCCCCCAGCAACAGAAAUCGAGAGCUGGUGCCCCUGGCAUGCAAAGACAUGGACACCCUUUCCCAGAGCCUUUGAGAACAAAAUCAAUCCAAGAUCUGCACGGACACUACACCCUGCAUCCGGUUUAGAAGGUCUCACUGACUUUGUCAAAAAUGGGUCUUUUGAAAUGCCUAUUUCCUCCCUUGGGUGUGGAAUAUCCACCCUAAUGUCAUGGGAAAUGCCUUGAGUACACACUUUUGAAACUGGCGAUAUCCCCUUCGGAAGUCUUUCAAAAUGUACAUGGUCUGCAUUUUCAGAGAAGAAUAAAAUAAAGAAAAAGAAAAAUCAGCAAGAAACUACUGUAGGAGGAAUUAUCUAUGCUACACUCUCCACUCUCAACUUAACUGAGUAAACUAAGAGUAGCAGAAUUUGAGAAAAGCAACUUUUAAUGAACCUUGAUAAGCAACUGAAAAGUCAGACUACCUUGUGUUAUUUACAUGAAGAGCUUUUAAGUAAACUUGCUAUCUGUAGACAAGUAUAUGUAGACAAGUAUGAUUGAAGGUUUCAUGCUAUUGGUUCUUUUUGAUGCAUGGCACAUGCUUAAGAAUUAUUUCUGACUUCUGAGAUUUCUGUUCUUUCAUAUUUCUGUAAACUGCUGCAAUUAGCUGAACUUUCCUUGUGUCUGGCAUGGGUGCUCAUAGUAUGUCCUUGAUCUCUUCGUACUUAAACAAUAUUUCAGAUUGAAAACAUCUCAAUUGUUCCUAUGCUACUCACAGCAAUACAUCAAUUUACACACUGCUUGUAUGGAAAAACUUUCACUUCAAGACUGUUUUUCCAAAGCUGUUUGGGCGUAAUUAAUAUUAGAGAGCACAUUUUUAACCUGGCUCCGAGAAUGUUCUAGACCAAGAAAUUCAUUCAAAUUUUAAUAUUAUUUACGAAAAAAUAUGUUUUCUCAGUAAGGGAAUUGUUUUAAUGCCAUUCAUUUAAUAAGUCACACAUUUUGUACACAAAUGCAAUCA